GUCGUCCGAGCAGUAGCAAGCCCCACCCACAGAGAACUCAGAGAUAGCCCUUUGGAAUGACAAAGAAGCAUGGCCUAAAACUGUUCUGCUUAAUUGUCCCUGUUGCUAAAUAGGCGGAUCUCCAGGCGUCGCCAAGGAGGGGGCUGCUAAGGGGAUGAGCUGAAAAGCGGGGAGGGGGAGACCAGCCACUGCCCAAGUGCCGUGACCCAAGGGCCACCGGGGACCCUCCCCCAGCCCUGGGGCUACCCCGCCCUGGUUGUGCGGGUCUCCAGCCCCCUCCACCACACCUCCGCCCCUCCUGGCGCACUGCCUGGUUUGCCUAGUUCCGCUUCGCUGAGGACACGCCGCCCUUUAGUCCGGGCGGCUCCCGACCCACCCCCUACCCGUGGGGCUCUCGCGGGCCGGGCCGGAGGCCGCCAGCUGGGCAGGUGCAGCCGGGAGCAGCGCGCGCUCGAGUGGACCAGAUUGCAAGGUGGAGCCUAGGGACCAGAGCUCUUCCAACACAGAGACAGCAGAUGAAAGCACAGUGAUGGGACACGUGGUCAAGGGGGAAAAGCAGUAGUCAGUAGAAGUGCUGGAGGAGACCGAGGACAGCAUGUGACCCAUGAGCUGGACUCUGGCCACUGGAGGCCCCUAACCCCCUCCCCAUCCUUGGAAUGUGUGUUCUGCUUGCCUUCCUCACGCCAGAAACUGCCCAAGAACAGAACUCUGAUAGUCCUGUGGUGCUGAGACCGUCUGGACAGUGUACAUAACGGAGCCCAGUUCAGUCCUCUAUGUAAACUUUAGGAUUCUGGCAGGCGGUGUGUGGAGGUCUGUUAUCCUGCAGCCACCCAAGACAAGCCUGUUCUGGAGGCUGAAAGUCUGAGACUACGGUUCUGGCAUAAUGAGGGCCUUCUUCCCGGUUCACAGUCAGCAACUUCCACUAUAUCCUCACUAUGUGGUGGAAGGAGUGAGGGAGCUCUUUUAUAAAUGCCUGGUGUCUCAUAGGACCACUAAUCUUCUUCAUGAGGGCCCCAUCCUAAUGACCUAAGCAGCUUCUGAAGGCCCCACUUCCUGACAUCAUUACAUCAGAAUUUCAACAUAUAAAUUUGGGAAGCGCUGUUUCCAUCACCUUCCAAAAGAGAAAUGGGUAGAAUCCAUUGAAGUUCCUAAGUUUUCAGAACUCUAAGAGCCAGGCUGCCAUGCUUGCUUGUAAAUAGGAGCUGAUGUAGAGCUGUGGAACCAGAAUAGCAUCUGCAGCAGCUGAAGUCAUUCUAGACUCUGGCCCAGUGUCCCUGCAGCAAUUUGAUAUGGGGAUGGAAGCCAGGGUGCUGUGGGGCAGCCUUGGCCUGCUCCGCCUGGUGUGGUGUCUCCUUCCACAGACAGGCUAUGUGCACCCAGAUGAGUUCUUCCAGUCUCCUGAGGUCAUGGCAGGGGAUGUCCUGGGCGUUGAGGCCGCCCGGCCCUGGGAGUUUCACCCCAGCAGCCCCUGCCGCACGGUGGUCUUCCCACUGCUGACCUCUGGCUCUGCCUUCUGGCUCCUCAGGCUCUGGAAAGACUGGGGGCCAUGGCCGGGCGCGGUGAGUGGCUACUUGCUGCUGGUGGGGCCCCGACUCCUCCUCACCACCCUCUCCUUUGCCCUGGACCUGGCUGUGUACCACCUGGCUCCAGGCUGGGGGGCGGAGCGCUGGAAUGCCCUGCUCCUGCUGUCGGGGUCCUACGUCACCCUGGUCUUCUACACAAGGACCUUCUCCAAUGCCAUCGAGGGACUGCUCUUUGCCUGGCUGCUGGUACUGGUGUCCCCCAGGGUGGCCGGGAGCCGCACACCUAGGAAGCCUGCUCCAGGCCCGUGGUGGCAUGGCUGGCUUCUUGGGGGCCUUGUGGUGGCUGGCUUCUUCAACCGGCCCACCUUUCUGGCCUUUGCUCUGGUCCCCCUUUUCCUCUGGGGCACUUGCGGAGCCACAGAUCCCAGCUUCAAGUCACUGACCCAGCAAGCCCUGGCGCUGCUCCCGGGGGCAAGCCUCACUGCAGUGGCGUUUGUGGCUGUGGACAGCUGGUACUUCUCUGGUCCAUCUAGACCCAGCACCCUUGUCCUUACACCUGCCAACUUCUUGCACUACAACCUGGAUCCGGUGAACCUGGCAAGGCAUGGCACACAUCCGAGGCUCACUCACCUGGCUGUCAACGGCUUCCUGCUCUUUGGGAAGCUGCAUGCCCAUAGCCUGCAGGCCGCGUGGCAGCAGCUGCGGGCUGGCCUGCAGGCCUUUGCCCAGAUGGGCUUCCCAAGGACACUGGAAGCCUGGAGCCCACGGCCCAGCCCCAGGUCUCUUCUCCUGCUCUUCUACUUUGUGCCCCUCGCCCUGCUGUCUGCCUUUAGCCACCAGGAGGCUCGGUUCCUGAUUCCCCUCCUGGUGCCCCUUGUCCUGCUCUGUAGUCUGCAGACCCAGCCGGCCCCCUGCAGGGGCACUCUGGCCCUCUUCAACGUCCUGGGUGCCCUCUUCUUUGGCUGUCUGCACCAGGGGGGCCUUGUGCCUGGCCUGGGGCACCUGGAGCGGGUGGUUCAUGCCCCUGAGCCCCUGCGUGUACCCACCCACUUCACGCUCGUCUUCACCCACACCUACAUGCCCCCCCGGCACCUCCUGCACCUCCCAGGCUUGGGCUUGCCAGUGGAUGUGGUGGACAUGGGUGGGGCUGAGGACCGGGUCCUGUGCCAAGCCCUGAACAACUUCACCAGACACGCAGCCUGUCAAGCGGCCGGGGGGCCGUGGCUCUGCCGUCUGUUUGUGGUGACCCCUGGCACCACCAGGCCAGCCGUAAGGAAGUGCCGCUUCCCACUCAGGAGUGAGACGCUCAUCUUUCCCCACCUGACCCUGGAGGACCCACCAGCCCUGUCCUCCUUGCUGAGCAGGGCUUGGAGGGACCAUCUCAGCCUUCAUAUCCUGGAGCUGGGGGAGAAGCCUGACAAUAUGACACAGAAGCCACUGCCCAAGACUCAGCCCUAGCUGAGGGCCCCUUUCCACCUCUAAGUGUUGGCUGGACUGGGACAGAGCCUGAUUGUCUUCCUUUCCUUUCCCUUCCAGAAUCCCCACCACUGCCUCUCCUGUGCACAGCCUUUGACUGUUCCACCUCCUGGGUAAACUGACAUCCACUUCCCCUCAAAAACCAAAGAUCUGAUCAGUCAUGGUCCUCAUGCCAAGGUCCCCAAAGAACCUAAUGUAAUCAGUGAUGCCAAAUGUCUAUUCCUGCCCUAUUCCUUCCAGUCACUGUGAUGUUUUAAACAAAUAAAUCGCACCUGAUUGUGAAAGGAGA